AUGUACUCACAGUACUGGGAUGAAGGUCGGGCUCACAGACCGGACUACAGGAGAUACACGGUGGUGGAGGGUCGGACUCGUCUUCCUCUGGGCUCAACGUGCAGCAGGAAGCGUCUUCGCUCUGCAGGAGAGGAUGACGAGGAGGUUCAAGGAUGGGCGACGAGAGCCAACCCCGAAGGCUCGCUGUCCGCCGGCGAACUCAGCUGCUACGAGAAGAAGGAGGAGGAGGAGGAAGAAGACCUGGCCUACGCCUCCUUCCUCUACGAGAAGCUCCAGCGUCUCCAGCGUCCUCGCCGCGGCGGCCAAGUUUCCGUGGACGCCCGCUGUGACUUGUGCGGCGCCUCCUUCCACCAGCUGAGACGUCUCGCUCUGCGUCGCGUUCUCCACCUCGGCGGGGAGAUGAAGCUCCGCCCCCCCGCCCCCAAACACCAGAGGGGCGGGGCCCCAUGCGGCUGGGGUGGAGUCCAGAGCACCUACCUGGGUGGGGGCGGGGCCAAGGGGCUGGCCACCGUCACGCCCCUCCCCUUCGGCACUCAGCACCACCUGGAGGGAGUGUGGAGCGUCUCCUGCUGCUCACCUGAGCUCCGGCACACGACGGGUUUGGCUCCAGACGGAGGUCAUGUGACCCUGAAGACCUCCACCCACAGCGUCUCCACCCAAACCAGCCAUCCGGCAUCUGCUGCUACGGCCUUCUUCACCAGGGCGGCUCAGAAGCUCAGUCUGUCUCGACGGAGGAGGUCCCCGUCAGGCCCCGCACCCUCAGGCCCCGCACCCUCUCCCGGCGAGGCCCCGGGGCCCCUCCUCUACAGUGGGGGGUUCAGCGGCGCCCUGCAGGUGUCCCCGCCCCCCGUCCCACCAUGUCUCCUCCGGGCUGGGUCAAAGGUCAAGGACGCGCCGGGGAUGGGGAAGGUCCGGGUGAUGGUCCGGGUCUGCUCGGUCCACAGCAGCGAGUCCUCAGAGUCCGUGUCGCUGCUCAAAGUGGACGGCAGGAAGAAGCUCCUGACGCUCUGCGAGACGUCGGCCGGAGGACAAACGGUCCAGAGACGGCCCUCGGCCCCCAAGACCUUCAGCUUCGACGCCAUCUUCUCCCAGGAUGCUUCACAGGCUGAGGUGUGUUCGGGGGCGGUGUCAGAGGUCAUCCAGUCGGUGGUGAACGGUGCCGACGGCUGCAUCUUCUGCUUCGGACACGCUAACCUGGGUAAGACCUACACCAUGAUUGGUCGGGACUGCUCCACCCACAGUCUGGGCGUGGCUCCGACGGCCGUCUCCUGGCUCUUUAAGGUGAUGGAGGAGCGGAGGGAGAAGUCUGGAGCUCGGUUCUCCAUCAGGGCGUCCGCCGUGGAGAUCUCCGGUCGGGAGGAGACGCUCACCGACCUCCUGGCCCAGCUCGCCCAGGGCCCCCCGGUGUCCCUGAGAGAGGACCCUCUGUGUGGAUCCCAGCUGCAGAACCAAACAGAGCUGAGAGCGAGCAGCGCAGAGCGAGCAGCGUUCUUCCUGGACGCCGCCCUGGAGGCGAGGAGGAGCAGCCGGUCGCCGGGCAACCAGGAGGCCCAGAGGAACUCUCACUUCCUGUUCACGCUGCACCUCCACCAGGAGAGGCUGGACAAAGGCAGCAAGGCAGCAGGUCAACUCGUUGUCUCAGUUUCGGGUCGGAGUCGUCUCCACCUCCUGGACCUGGGCAGCUGUGAGACGGACAUCAGCCGGACCAGAGAGGGAGGAGGAGGACAGUGUCUGUCUCUGUCUGCGCUGGGGAACGUGGUCCUCGCCCUCGCCAACGGGGCCAAACACGUCCCCUACAGGGACAGUAAACUCACCAUGCUGCUCAGUGAAUCCCUCGGAAACAUCAACUGUCGGACCACGAUGAUCGCCCACAUCUCCGACUCCCCGGCCCACUACAUGGAGACGCUGACCACGGUGCAGCUGGCCUCCCGCAUCCACCGCGUGAGGAAGAAGAAGAACAAGUAUUCCUCCAGCUCAUCCGGAGGGGAGAGCUCCUGCGAGGAAGGCCCCUCCCAUCGUCCUCCUCAACUCCGACCGCUCCACCCAAAGAUCGUGGCCCUGGACCCGGACACGCCACUGCUGCUGUCUAGCGACCCCGACUACUCCUCCAGCAGCGAGCACUCCUGCGACACCGUCAUCUACGUCGGGCCUGGGGGGGCGGCCAUCUCAGACCGAGAACUCAGCGACAACGAGGGACCACCGUCGUUUGUUCCCAUCAUCCCCUCCCUGAACAAGAAGAGGGUCAAAGAUGCCCCCAGGUCUGAUGGCCAUCACUUAAAGUGUAACACGUUUGCAGAGCUGCAGGAGAGACUCGACUGCAUCGACGGCAGCGAGGGUCCGGCAUCGUUCAGCACAGAGGGGAAGGGCGCACAAGCAGCAGCGCUCAGGACUCAGACUGAAGCCACCAAACCCACAGAGACCACGGUUCCACCCGGAUCUGAUCAGAUUUCCUCCCACGGGUUCCCAGAAAGCACAUCAACCACAUGCACAAAUAAACCCGAUCAGGAACAACCCACAUUCCCUUCAGCCGGUGGCCUCAUGGACACUUCCAAACGGACUAGUGCAGAUGGGGAGAAACUUUCCGCCACCUUCUUUCAUCCAUGUGUGGUGAAACCUAGUGGGAGUUCUUCCCAGGACUCAGAGCCUGUGGUGAGAGAGAAGGUCUACCUCAGAGGAGGUGUUCCCAAGCCGUCAGCCUCUCCGUCUUUACCCAGGACAUCCAGGGCAGCCAGUCAGAUCGGGGAGGUUGCAGGUCGGACUCCCCCGAUGGGAAUGAGUCAACAAGCACUGAGGCCAGGCCAACCCUUGGGAUCUCCUAACAUGGAGAGGGCCCACAGUCUUCGUGCAGCUCUGUUCGGAGGAUGUCUUGACAGGGAUUUUCUGAGGACUACCGUCACAUUGCAGCAGCCUGUGGAGCUGAACGGGGAGGACGAGCUUGUGUUCACCAUCGUAGAGGAGCUUCCUCUUCGCCGUGUCCCAGACAAUGGCCGCCCCUCCAACCUCCUCAGCUUCAACAGUGACUGCUCUCUGCAGGGGUCCUCCUCUGGCUCUCGGCCCGUCAGCAUCAUCAGCAGUAUCAACGAUGAGUUUGACGCUUACACCUGUCGACACGGAGCUUUGGGACCUAGAGACGACGUUUGCACCGAGCGCCAGGACGAGUUGUUUCCUCAACAUGGCAACAAGCAGUCAGCUGUUGGCUCACCGCCGAGUGAAGCGAGGGCUGAUGCGACUGAAAGGGAAGGAACUCAUUCAACAAGCAGGCUUUACUUGAGGGACAAAGUCAUGGCAUCAGAGAAUGCAUCCAUAUUAACCUCGCCAAGUAUUUUUCAUAAACAGCCUUUUUUGCAGCACGGCAUCAAGAGCUCCCUGAAUGACAGUGGCGUUUGUUUCUCAGAGCCGGACUGUGACCCUGCUAAGCCAAACAAACCUUCUUUUACCAAGUGUCCUCCAUCCCCUGACUCAACCAAAGCCUCUCUCAAAGGUUAUCUCCCGGUGAGAGCCGGUACUCUGAACACUUCAGUGUCAGCCCAGAUUCCACGUCCCAUCACCCAGUCCAGUCUUCCCAGGAAAAACAAGCCUACCUCAUUUGCAGCUGUGGGCUGCAGCAGACAGGAAGGGAUACAUGAUGACGUUUUGCUUCAGGGAAGCAGUCAGUUAGAUCCCAGAGAGGUUGGGGUUCUCUCUGCAGGUAAGCCACCAAGAAGUGUCAUGAGUAGUGUUUCCUCUAAGAGGCCCGGAGGGAACAGUAACAGUGUCCCUCGGCCACCAAAGGCCACAAUGUCGUCUUCGGCUCAGAGGGUUGUGGAUGGUUGUGAGAAGUCCAGCAGCAGAAGAGGAGAUACUCUGAUCAAGCUGCCACGACUCACCCGAGGUGCAACGACUUUAGGAACCGUUUCUGUUCCCCAGAGUUCUGAAUCAAAAUGGGGUCAUGAGGGCACUUCAGUUACAGCAACCCUCAGGUUCUCAUCCUUGGGGAAAAAGUCAAAUGGGCAGAAAAGCUGUGUGAUCUCUAAGUCUGGAUCCGGAAACAUCUACCCUCCUGCUCCACCUGUCAGACAGUCAAGCCAAGAACUCAAGUCAAGGACUGCACUAUCUCCAAGUGCCUUAAAAGAAAGCAGCGCAAUUGCAAAGUUUCCAUUCCCUAAAACAUCAACCUCAGAGGAAGAAUCAAACAUCAGGCUGUGGGCAGAUUCGUUCAGCCACAGAUCAUCUAGCUUAAAACCUGAACAUGGCUUUGCCAGGACAUCUUCCAGCCUGAAGACACGAGGGAGCAAAGCCGAGUCUUCAAGGUUCUAUGGGAGUCUGAUGUCUCUGGAGCAAAGUGAAAGUCACACCUUAGCUGGAUCCAAGUUUGAACCCACCUCCACAUCUGGUUCUUCUUCCCAAGUUUCUCCUGUUGUCUUUGCAACUACAAGCAAACUGGGACAGGUCAAAGGCAGCAACAGCUCUCGAGCAGCAAUGUCAGGUGGAUCAAAGGUCCAAUCUUUGUCCACCAGCAGUUCCAAGAACCUGAGCUCCUCCCCUAAACCUCUCGAUAAUGAAGCUGGACGCAACACCAGCCUGCCUCCAACUGGUAAGUCGCCAGCUCGGUCGGGGGCAGCAGCCAAGACGGGAAGAGGUACCGUCAUGGGCACCAAGCAGGCCAUCAGCAGGGCGGCUAACAGCCGGGUUAGCGAGUUAGCCGCCGGUAGCCAAAGGAAGCAGCUCAACAGGGGAUCCGGAGAAACAGGAAGGGAUGGCACUGACAGCGGGACCAAUAAUGUCAGUGGGUCGCCAAGCAACACGCCACUACCAUCACCAUACAGCAAGAUCACGGCGCCUCGGAGGCCGCAGCGCUACAGCAGCGGCCACGGCAGCGACAACAGCAGCGUCCUCAGCGGAGAGCUGCCGCCCGCCAUGGGCCGCACCGCCCUGUUCUACCACAGCGGGGGCAGCAGCGGCUAUGAGAGCAUGAUCCGGGACAGCGAGACCACCGGCAGCACCUCUUCAGCGCACGACUCCAUGAGCGAGAGCGGAGUGUCCUCGUCCAAUAGAAGCAGAGUUUCUAAAUCACCCAAGAAGAGAGGAAACGGGUUUCUGCGACGCCGUCUGAUCCCGGCUGCCCUCCCGGACGCCUCCUCUCUGGGCAGGAAGGGGGGGUGUCAGUGGGUGGACAUGCCCCCGCUGGGCGGCGCCCUGAAGGAGCCCUUUGAGAUAAAGGUGUACGAGAUCGACGACGUGGAGCGGCUGCAGAGGAGGAGGGAGCUGGUGACGGGGUCAGAGCCGUUCCACAACGUUGAAAAGGGUCUGAUCUACUUCAACGCCCGGCUGAGGAUGCUGGAGAGGAGGAUGCAGCAGAUCAGAGAGCUGAAGAGCAAACACGACUGGCUGAUGGAGGAGCUGGAGGAGGCCAAGAGCCGGCUGAUGCUGGACCCCAACAAGUGGACCGGAGAGUUUGAAGUGGACCAGGACCUGGACCAGGAGUCCCAGGAGUACCUGGAGGCUCUGGCUCAGGCCACGGCAGAGCUGGAGUUCUGCGUCAACCUUUGCAAGUCCCGCGUCAUGAUGGAGACCUGCUUCGACAUCGCCGUGACGACGGCCGCCGCUGCUGUGCAGGGAGGCCAGCAGGAAGUGGAGGUCUGA